UAAUAACGAAUUCUCUUUCAGUCUUCAUUCCUAUAUAAUAGAAAAGUCUUCCAAAGUAGCUUUCCCCAUCCAUCUUUCUUUCCAACGUUCACAAAGAAAAAGAGAAAAAAAGGAAGGUUGCUAUUAAAAUGGAAAGCAGCCAUAACAUGAGGCAAAGCACCAUGGAAACUGAGUUUGAGGACUUGCUGCCAGUGAUGGCAGAGAAGCUUGAUGUGGAGUCCUUUGUCUCUGAACUGUGUGGAGGUUUCAAGCUUCUAUCGGACCCGGAAACUGGUUUGAUCACGAGCGAGAGUCUAAGGACAAACUCAGCUCUUCUUGGCAUGGAAGGGAUGAGCAAGGAGGAUGCAGAUGCUAUGGUUAGACAAGGUGAUCUUGAUGGAGAUGGAAAGCUUAAUGAAACUGAGUUUUGCAUCCUUAUGGUGAGGCUUAGCCCUGGAAUGAUGGAAGAUGCUGAGUCAUGGCUGGAGAAGGCAAUUGAUGAAGAGCUUAGGAAGUCAUCAUCUUAGAGAUAAAUUGGUCCCCUUUUGUAAUCAAUUCAAUCAAUAUAGCUAUUGAUGAAAUGAUUGAGUCAGUCCUUUUCCUAAAACUUUACAGUCAAUAAAAGACCAUCCGGAGGAAAAUAACUUUGAUAACUUGAUGUAGAAGAUGCGGACAUCAGAGUUAAAGAGCAAGGAGUUGCGUUAACUUUCAGCCACAAAUUCCAACUCAGAUUCAUCAUUCAGUGGUUAAUUGGUUGGUUUUUGUUAUUUUGUUUUGGUGUUUCAAAUCAAUUUUUAGUUUGUUUCAAAAAUGGUUAAUUGGUUGGUUUUCGUUAUUAACAGGAAACACCAUGAUGUCAUUAUUA